GAGAGGACCCAAGCAGCAGAAGAUGGGGGAAGUUACACAGCAUUCUGAGAAAGACUCCAAGAUCUCCAUCUGAGGUCUUGAACAGAAGGGUUCUUGCUGUGGCCAGUUCUUCUGGUCAGUCUUUCUAUGACUCCGGUGGAAACGAUCCCGUUGUACAAUCUGUUCAACAAUGCUGUCAACCGAGCACAGCACCUCCACCAGCUGGCUGCUGACAUCUACAAAGAAUUUGAGCGCACUCUGCUACCUGGAACAAGACAGGGCGGCGAUAACUCUCCGCUUGCUGGGUGCUACUCUGACUCCAUUCCCGCCCCCACGGGAAAGGAUGAAACGCAGAUGAGAUCCGAUGGGGAUUUACUGCGCAUCUCCUCUGCCCUCAUCGAGUCCUGGGUGUUUCCCCUCAAGACCUUCAGCGAAGCCUUUUCUAACAGUCUGAUGUUUGGAACCUCUGACCGCAUUUACGAGAAGCUGGAGGACCUCAGCAGGGGUAUCGAUGAACUGAUGAGAACUUUGGGUGAAGGCGGCAUCCAUUUGUCAAUGCUGAUGGAUCCCUAUGACAACUUUGAUGUCAUCCUGAGGACUGAUGCUGCACGGAUGAAGAAUUACGGGCUACUGGCUUGCUUCAAGAAAGACAUGCACAAAGUGGAGACCUACCUGAAGGUUACAAAGUGUAGGCGUUUCGGGGAGAGCAAUUGUACUUUGUAAGUUUACAAGCCGCCAAACCAGGUUGCAUAAUCUUAUUACGUAGGUACUUAGACUUUGUGUUUCCUGCUUAAUCAAUCACAGCUUUUCUGAUUUGUUUGUUUUGGGGUUGACCAGUAUGAAUACAAACUAAAAUGCAACACAUGGAUUACAUUCAAGUUUUCUACUUAUGUCAGAGAUGUAAAUCUUAGACGGACUUUUUCUUUAGUUUUAAAUUAUGUCAUCAUAUUCUGUGCCACAGUAAACCAAUCUAGCUCGUA